GAAAAUGGCACACUUUUUGUGCUUUAUACUAACACAGCUGGCUAGUAUUCAGAGAGUACACCACGAUCAUUUUUGAAAUGGAAAGAUUCACAGAACUAAGUUCUGGUUCUCCGUGGUUGUUUGAGAAGAUUUCCACUCAGAUAAAGAUCGCAAGCGAUGUUUUCUUUUCUAGUGCUUUCCUCGCUCGUCGUUGUUUACCAAUGUUGUCAGCACACAUUAGGGCUGGAGUCAUGUGACAGGGGAUGGACAAAGACAGCAACAAUGGAGAUGUCGUUAAAGAACUGAAUACAGACUCUGUGGCUUCGGAAGAUCCGGCAAGCAGUGACACCUGUAGAGAUGCCCCAGCAAGUGAAGGAAAUGCUAGUUCUGAAACUUUUGUCACCAUACAGAGCCAGGAAGAGAAGAAAGAAGUUGUUGCCAACGAAGAAGCUGCCAUUUCCAUAGAUAGGUUGUCAGCUAUCACCACUCUUGUCAAACAGAAGAAACAUGCAGAAGCAUUGGCCGAAUGUGAUAAAGCACUUGAAGAAGACCCCCAACAAUGAAAAGAUCCUGGAGAAAAAAAUCAAAGUCUUCUGUCAUCUUGGCAAUCUUCAGUCAGCAUUUGCUCUGGUGUCAGAUUGGGUAAAGCAAAAUCCAGAGCAUCCUGUUGCCAAAAGGGAGUUCAAAAGACUUGAAACAGUGAUGGCCGUCUUGCAAGAUGAGAAUUCAGAUGAUGAUGACAAACCAGCUCUUGGUGCUACCAGCUGUCAGAAGCCAUCUUCCACCCCUCCGCAAACUCCUCCUGAGGUAGAGGCAGUGAAACCAGUUCCCAAAAACACUGUCAGGGUUCUUCCACCUCAGCCACCACGCAACACCACCAAGCACAACAAUGAAGAAAGUCUUCUGUACUUCUGCUCAUUCUGUGAUGUCCGAUUUGCACGUCAAGAGGAACUAGACACCCAUUGCCACAGUGAUCAGCAUAAAAACCAUCUGGCAUCAGAUGAGAGCCAUGGCUGGACAUACAGACCUCCACCACGUGGCCAGACAAGUGAAGAAUAUGCACUCUGUCAGAGGUAUCAGACUUCCAGAUGUCCAUUUGGGGACAAGUGCACUCAAGCUCACUCAGAGGCUGAGCUGGAGGAGUGGCAGGAACGGCUUGCUUUCCGCAAGCAGCAGCUUCAGAAGGCUCGGGACAACCAGCUGCAUGGCAACACAUUCACUGAGCGACUGUUGGAAAAGCUAACAAACCCAGAGGGACCAAAAGUUGGUUUGGUGCAAAGUCUAGAAUUUGUCAAGAUCCAUGUGAACUCAGACCUGAAAGUCAACAUGACAACUAAGAAGUGUACUAAUGCAUGGACUUUUACUGUAACAAGCAAGGUUUGCCUUCAUGGUGUAGCCCUUCUGGAUGAUGUGAAUCGCUCUUAUUUUCACAUCUCAAGCAUCUCUGUUGGACCUAAAAAGACACAAAAAUACCAGAAUCUAGAGACACACUGCCAGGAGUGGAUCAACCAGGAUGCUGUCAGUAAAAGUCAAGAUAAUAUCAACAAAAGUCAAGGGGAAUAUGUUUACAGGGUCAAGAUUGUCUUUAAGACAGACAUCUAUGGAACUUUUCGCCAGUCAGUAAUAUUUGACUUUGGGCUGGAUGCCAUAGUUGUACGAGAGACUCAGGUCGAGUCAGCACCUGUUACUGAUCCUGAAAAGCUAAGCAAAGAUUUGGUUCUCAGUACUGCCAAUCGGUGGACUCAUGAUGAUGUUACCGUUGUACCAUUUACACCCAAAUUGGUGUCUUACUUGGACAAAGAAGAGCAGCUUUUGUCAAAAUAUAUCCUUCCUCAUGCAGACCGCCUGUCUUUACUAGAAACUCUCACACAGCCACUCAGCAAAGAUAACUACAGACUGUGGAUGCAUGAAAUGCUGUACCUGGAGGAGCUAGCAGAACUAGCCUUUAUCCAAAGAUUCAAUGUGUCAGCAUCCUUGCAACUAGUGAAUCGCUUCCUUCUCAUGCCGGGGGCCUUGUCCUCAGCCAAGUACACCCGUGAGGGGGAGUUGUUUGCUCGGCUGAAGCUGGAAGAUGUGCUGUCAGAGGACUCAAUGGCUGGCCGCCUUAUCUUGCAGAAUGCACAGAUAGCAUGGGUAGCACCAGCAGUUGACACAAGUGAUGGAAAUAAAGAGAUGAGGAAGGUGUAUGAAGCUAUGAUUGAAGACAAGGGAAAGAACUUUGUCUUUCUGCGCCUGUCGAGUACCUGUGUGUCUGAUCUCAAACUGACCUGUGAUGAAGACUUUGUUGCUCAGAUUCAGUUCCAGCUGAAUCGCUUGCCCAAGUGUGAAAUGCAUGCUGCUGUUGAUGGCCUAUCUACUCUUGACAUUGUAUUUCCAGACACUACAAAAAUUGUAAAUGUGUCAGCCCCAGAUGAAAAAGUGAUCACAAGCUUAGAAGAUAUGCCACUUAAUGCCCAACAGAAGGAAGCCAUUCUCAACAUCACUGCUCUGGGAAGUGGAAAUCGGCCUCCGCUGCUCAUUAUAGGACCGUUUGGGACAGGCAAAACUUAUACCUUGGCUCAAGCUGCAAAGCUGGUGCUGCAGCAAGAGGGAACCCGUGUUCUCAUCUGUACUCAUUCAAACAGUGCUGCUGACCUGUACAUUAAAGAUUUCUUCCACCCAUUCGUGGAGGCUGGGCAGACAGAACUUCGGCCACUGAGAAUCUACUAUCACCUUCGCUGGAUGCAAACAGUUCCAGAGGUUAUUUUGCAGUACAGUUUGUUUCAAAGGGAAGGACCAGCUGCAGGAACAUUUGGAAUGCCAACAACAGAAGAUAUCAUGAAGCAUAGGGUAAUCAUAACAACACUUUCCACUGCCCGCUACAUCAACGACCUUUCCCUUUCUCGUGGAUUUUUCACACACAUCUUUAUCGAUGAGGCAGCCCAGGCUCUAGAGUGUGAGACCUUGAUUCCUUUAAGUCUGGCAAAUGAGGACACCUGCAUUGUUUUAGCUGGGGAUCACAUGCAGAUAAGUCCAGAAGUGUACUCACCAUUUACCCAACAGCAGGGAUUUCAUCUUUCUUUCUUGGAACGCCUGUAUGACAUGUACCCUACACAAUGUCCAUGGAAGGUGAUGCUCUGCGAGAACUACCGUUCCCAUGCAGCUAUUGUAGACUUUACCUCUGAGCUCUUCUAUGACCACCAGCUGAUUGCCAGUGGCAAGCAAAUACCUCAUCCCACCCUGUAUCCACUGUCCUUCUUUGCUGCAAUGGGAGAAGAAGUGCAGCAUGAAAACAAUACUGGCUUCUACAAUUUGUCAGAGAUGUAUGAAGUAGUGGACCGAGUGGAUGAUCUUGUCAAGAAAUGGCCUGAGGAGUGGGGGGAGCUUAAUGGCAACAGUAUCAGUGUUGUUUCCCCCUACAUGGAUCAGGUUAUCCGCAUUCGUGGGGAGUUACGCAAGCGCAAGAUUUACAAUGUCUCAGUAGAGCGUGUCCUUAAUGUGCAAGGCAAGCAGUAUCGAGUGAUCAUCAUAAGUGUAGUGCGUACCAGGCGUUCAUGCCGCUCCAGUGGUGGUGCAGAGGAAGAGUUCAUGGACUAUGGAUUCCUCUCAAAUGUGAAACUACUGAAUACUGCAAUCACCCGAGCUCAGUCACUUGUUCUUGUUGUAGCAGAUCCUGUCUCACUUUGUCUUGUCGGCAAAUGCAGAAAAGUAUGGGAGUAUUUCUUGGAGGUGUGCCAGCAAAACAACAGUCUCUUUGGGAUUACCUGGAAUCAGUUGCGAUCUCAGCUUGACCGUGCUGAGGUGGCCAAAAACUAUGUCCUUAACCCACUGGCCCCAGAGUUUGUGCCUAAUCGCCUCUUCCACAUCACUCGUCAGAGCGCCGAGGCAGCAGCUGCAGCAGCGUACUUGCCUCAAGCCCCACUCUGGCACUACAUGGGGCCACAGCAUCUCCAGUACUCUCAUGGGGCUCCUUACCAGAUGUACCCACAGAUGAUGCCAUAUUUUUCCAUGCCUAUGUACACUCCCUAUGUGGGUCCAGUUCUGAUGAGGCCUCCGGCAGGUGGGGGAUUAUGGGGCCACCACAAGGGAGGUGUUCCUCGUGCUAAUGUACCUCACCUGGCAGCCCAACGAGCAGAAAGUAUCCGCAUGGUAGAUUUUCGACCAUCCUACAAGCCAUCACGUGGUCGGAUGACUGCGUAUCCUUUCUCUCGCUUACCCUUGAGCUACCCACUUCCCACGAUGUAUCCUAUAUAUCCUAACAACCAUCCUUCACACCAAGGCUAUUAUCUACUGCCUGAUGAUCUUCGAUUAGCUGCCCUCCAGCAACAGUACAGUUUUCCUUAUAAUCAUCAGCCGAUCAUCCGUCCUCCCCUGGGAGGACCACACACGCAUUUGCAUGGCCCUGUCUACCAUGGCAUUCCACUUCAUUCUCCAUUUGGCAGUGGACAGCAUGGUCUGGCCAGUCCUAGUGACCGAGGUGAUGAAGGUGUGGAGGCCCGCGGCUCCCCAGACACCAGACUUAACACUGGCAACUCCAGUAGUCCCAUUCCGGCUUUUCAAGUGCUACCGAAUGUCAAGCAUGUUCCACCUCAUCUGCGACCAGGUUUGAAUCCACCUAGCCAGAACUCUUCUCGUUCCAGCACACCUGUGAACCAGGUCCCCAUGCCUUCCAUUCCAGGCCUGGCACCAGGGCCCCUACCAGAAGGUCGAGGCACUCCUGUGUCAGAGCGACCAUACAGCCCUGCCAAUUACGGUGUUGGCCGCAGUUCCACACCCCUCAGCGCUGAAGAAGCAUCACAAGAUGUCAAAGACAGGGGCCUACCAAACUUUGCCAAAAGUGCUGCUACCAGCAACUUGGUAUCAGAUAUUAUGACAGGCACAGGUAACAGGCCUGUUAAGGCAUUGUCUGAGGAAGGUGCAGCUGAAACAUAUGCUGAGGUAUCUGCAAAUCAAAACAACUACACUGCUGCCACACCUGCUUCUGCUUCUCUCAAAAACAAGAGGGAUACAAAGCAGCUGCGCCUGCAGACAACUGGCUUUAGCCGCCAGUUCAGCGACGACUUGCCGACACCAACAGCCAUAACAGACAUUGUUCGCAUGAUCGAAGAAAACAUUGAGGAGGGCACGGAAAGCUCUGAGAAUACACCUUCCCCAUCCGCUGUCCCCCAGAGAAUCCAUUUUGUUUCACUCCACAAUGGACGUAAUGCAGCUCUGAGUUCUCUGCAACUUGACUUGACGGCUGCACAGCAACUGCAGCACCAGCAGCAUAAUCAACCAGGCAGCGCCAACUCACAGCCUUCCUCUUCUGACUCAUCGUCACCUGCCAGCAAGAAUGAGGAGCGCCCAACUUACGCUGGGGUUGUCCAAAAGAUGCCACCAUCACCAGGCACCCUGGUGCCUGACAUCAGCCAGAUGGAGCCACAGACACCACGCACACCAUCUGGCUUCAUGACACCAGGUGGUGACAUGGAUUUGGAUCCAUUUGGGAUCCUUAAGAGUCUUAAUAUUGAAGCUACAAAUGCUGAGCAGCGCCGCAUUCAUGGGGGAAAUUCUUUGCAGUGAGAGGCAUUCAUGUAUGUAUGCAAGCUUGCAUGUGUGUACACACAUGCGUAUACAUUUUGUGCACAGGGAACAACUGUCAGUUUUUGUAACCUCGACAGGUAGAUUCCGAUUUACCUUCCAAAUUAUGUAUUUCCUCUGUACAUGAGGUAAAAUUUCUUUCUAGUCCUAAUUCAGUAUCCAUGCAAUUAAAUAGUUAAUUUCCUUCUCACUUUAUUCAGCCUGUCAUGUUUUAGGCUGCUGUUCUCUGUCAGCAUUUGGUUAGUCCUUUAAUAUCUUUGGAAAUUUUUGUUAUUUUCACUGAGAUUAGUUUGUGGACUUAACCACUGCCAUCUAUGUUAAGGUGAUUUUUGUUAAUAUUUUUACAAGGAUCAUUCAUGACCAGAUGGCAGCAUUUAUUGUACACAUUGUAAAUUGCUAAUAGCCUGUAAUAAUAGUAACUGCGGCCCUAUGCACCACUGGGGGUGAUUAGGAACAAGAAGAAGAACAGUAGUAAUAAUAAGGAUUUUGAAGUAUGCCUUUUUCUCCUAAUGAAUGUUGCGAGUGUCAUGCAACAACAAACAAAUAAGACGUUAUAUUAAUAAGGAGUUCAGAAGUGAACAGAUAGAUAAAUUGAAAGAUGAGGAAACAUGCAUUAGUAUGUGGAGAAGAGUAUUGGUGGGAAAAGCAUAUGCCAGUUAUGAGAGAUUUUGAAGAAUAUGCUUUUCUGAUAUAAGCUGUUAACUUUUGACACAGGCUUGAGAGAGUAAGGUUUAACAAAUCGUAAUUUUUAAAAAAAAUCAACUGAGGAUCAUAACAGGAAAAGGAAUAACACCCAAGUGGCAACAGCCAUAUUUGCGACUGGCAUAGAGUAAAAUCUGUCAUUGUGCAGGUCCCUGCAUUGUGCUACCAAAUAACAGUUGUUUGGUGCCUGUAUCAUUUCAUCACUGUUUUCUUAUUCGCACAUGCUUUUAGUUUAUUUCAUGAAACAUUAGAAGCAAGCCAUAUUGUGGGUUAUGCUUAUUUUGCUUGUUUUUGUUUUUGUGUUCAGGCUUUUGUUUUGUUUUGUUUUAUGUGCCAGCUGACAUCUUCCGUGUUCUAGUUUAUGCUGGUCCCAGAGAAGAUUAUUGUAAUUUAUAUUUGUAAUAGAAAUAUCAGAUUUAUAUCACAUGUACUCUAUAUGAGUAGCUUGUUAGAUUUAAGUUUGUAUUUUAGGUCAUUUUCAAAUUUUAUUUUUAUUUGACUUAUGUCUUAGUUUCUUUGAUUUGCUUGCUUCCUGAAGGAGAUGGCAUUAACAAUCCCAGUAUUGUAUGUUGCCCAGCUAACUGAAUCUGAUCUUCACAAGCUUCAGCUGAUUUAUGUAAUCAUAUAAUCUUUAUACAUAUUUACAAGCCUUGUUUGCAAACUGCUUAAUUCAGUCAAGAUGGGUGCCACUUCAGUGACAACCAUUGCAGUCAAGAUGAACAACUUAACUUCUUCAGUGACUUAAAAAGUAGCUAAACAUUCUGUUUUGCUACUUCACUUGUAACCUUAGCAUUCAAUACAUCACACUUUUAGAGCUGCCUUUAGUCUGCCUGUCCAUUUAUGUUUAAGGUCAUGGUCAGAUGAUGGAGAGUAUAUCUACUAAACAGUGGUAGUGAUCGUCUGUAAUGAACAUAAUGUGGGUCCUGUACGCAAUGGUUAAUGGUGCUAGUCUAUACUCAUCUAGCAUGCACCCACACAAUUACAACACAUUCCUUCAAUGCAGAUACUUUAAUAUGAGUCAAAAGAAUAUAAUUAGACAAAAAGUGCAUGCAUACAUAAAGGAAUAGUUGCAAGUAUCAUUCAGAUAUUAUCUUAAAACUUAGCUUUCUGGCUCUUCUUCUCAUUACUGGUCAUCAUGAUGAUAGUUUCAAGGUUUACAAGUUCACAAGCUAAAAUUCACACUUCACUAAUAAUUCCUCUGUUCACACAUCCAUCAGUUACAGUUCACGAUUCACUAAUAAUUCCCUACUUCAAAUACAAUGAUAUUCCAAGUCCCUCAGACUCUUUUACGUCUUACACCAGACGGACCUCCGUCGGCUGUUCGCUACCUUGCCACCCGGAAAAGUGAAGUUUUUUUUUUCUUGUACUGGUCUAAAGCUAUUACUAAAAGGGGGCGUUGAUUGCCUUGGGCGAUACCCGGCUUUUAGCUGGACAAUAAGGGGUACACAGUUAUAUCCCCUGGCCGUACAUCAAUUGCGGCCGCUUACAUGGAUGAUGUUGUUAGCCCCUGACUGGCCACCAGUUGCUGAAUGGGGCAGCCAGACGGGUGGUGCGUCAGCCAGGCUGAUGUGCUGCCAGCUUGACCCGUUCAUGACCUAUUGUCCCUAUCCUACGGCCCUCCUCAAAACUUUACCCUAACAGAAUAACUACACUAAAUACACUAAACACACAAAGUAGAAAAUAAAUUUUGUACAUUGUCUACAAUACAAUAAUGGUGGGGAGGGGUAAAAGAGCAACUGAUGGCUCCAUGAGCACUGUCUAAACUUUAUCAAUUAGAAAUUCUAUAUAAGAGGUCAUGAAAUUACCAAGAUUUUGUUGGGUUUUUUUUUUCUUAAAUGGGAAUGGGAAAUUUCUCCAAUGAGGAGCAGACAGAAAAGCCUCAGUCCUGAUGCAUAGUAAGGAUAAGGAGUUUGCAUUUCAUUUGUUAUAGGAUUUUUUUUGUUUUUUUUUUGUUUGGAGUGCUAAUGUGAGAACAAUUGAACAAUGUUCUGGACUCAAAACAUCAAUGAAAACAGAUUUUCUUUAUUUCAUACCCAUGUGAGCAGACUUAAGAUAUGAUCCAUAAAUAUGAUCGUAUAACCUCAAGGUAUGAGCAGAGACAGACUUAAAAUGUCAUCCAUGAAGAAGACCAGAUGAGCAGAUGGCUUGAUCUCAGAAGGUUUUAUGAUGCCACCGACAUUUGAACAUUGUAGACUUUUUAACAUGCCUUAGUACAGCAACAUAUUGUUCAUUCAUUACAUCAUCUAGCUUUUGAAUGUCCAGUGUUCGGUUCCUUCAAGCCUGUUUAGGCCACACUUUGCUCAUGGAGGAUAUCAGGCAAGAGCUUAUAUCUGCACCUUCUUACACUUUCUUUUUUUUGGCCAAAUAAUUGUACUUUACUGAGGGGCUGUACUUCAGCCAGAAAUAAGUCAAAAAACGAAACUGAAUGUCAAAUCAUAUUGGUAGGGCUGACCUAGCACCUGGACUCAUCAUCAAGCUGCUUGAAAAUCUGUUUGAGCGCUAUCCUCACUUGUUCUUCAUUUUCAAAGUGCAAGCCAUGCAUAUCCUCGAGUAGUUUUAGACUGAUAUCAUAUCGGUUCACACAGUCCGGGUAUUUCUCUGUCAUGUAUCUUGAGAGAGUGCCGUGGAGAAGUUUCCGACCUGGGUGAUGUCCUCUUCCGGUCGUGUUUUGUCUUCUCUCAUUGACAGAGCUGACAUAAGGGCUAGCUCUGUGUCAUCCAAGCGUAAUGAACUCAGUCCUUGGAAAACAUUCUCCACCUGAGUCAUGGCCAUGCUGGUCGCCUGCAUCUCCUGCAUGUCUCUUAAGGUUAGGAGGUCUCCAUCUUGGCCAAGCUGUUCCGUUAGUUGCAUAUAGUUUCUGCUCCACUGGAGAGCAAAUACAUCGAUUACAGAUUUUCCUAGAUGCGUGGUCUGGUCAUCGCUUUUUAAAUUCAUAAAGCCGAGAAUGCUUUGUGCAAAGCACUGUAGUUUACGUAGUCUGCGUUGUAUCCAAAAUUCCUCUGAAUAGGCUGCCUCCUCUUACCGGGCUGCCUCCGACUGCAGCGAUACCUCGUUUUUAAUCAUGGUUUUGAACGCAGAUUUUAAUUGAGCAAUAAGUUCCUUGUCCUCGUCAGUCACAUGUGUAGUCAUCAUCAGGCUCAACACAAUAGAUCCUUGAACAACUCUCUGCUUUUACUCAGCAUGUCGCACCUUACACUUUAUGUAUUUUUUAAAAAACCCUUCAGUUGGUGGCUUUAAAAAAUAAUCUGUUUAUUGCCAAAUGCUUGUGUGAUAAAAGCUUUAUUUGUAAAUUUUCUAUACAUAAAUGCUUAUCAUUAUGAUUUAAAGAUAAAUUUACAUAGUUUUAUUCUCAUAUAUCUACAAGUGAUUUUCAUUUGCUUACACAGUAAUUCUUCCCAUAGCUGCAGAGUUGUAAAACUGCUGUGUUGUGGUUUCUCUUUUUAGUCCUUGUUGUCACUUGCUCAGACAAGGAGACAUCAGAUUAUAACUAGGCCAGAUUGCUUAUGUGUGCAAUGCAUAGAAGAAAAGCAUAUGAACACAGCUCCCUUGGUUUUGAUAUAUAAUCAUGUAACAUAUCUGUGAAAAUGUUUUGUGUUAUUUGACUCUGUAGUAAAUAGAGAGUUAGCUUGCAGUAAAUUGUUACUAAAAUAGGCUGUGCUUUACUUUAUACACAUCUUUGUCAGGCGAGUAUUCAAGUCACUAAGUUGUUUUCACUGUUGGGAAGUAAUCUAAUUUUCUUUUUCUUUCUUGUUAACUUUAGUGGUAUUUUUAUAGUGGACAUGUGGAGAAGAUUUUUAAAGGGAGGAUGGUUUCUUUGAUUUUGCACCAUUAUUUAGUCCAGUUGUGCUUUGUGUUCAUGCCAAAACAUGCCUUGUACUACAAUAUUUAACCAGAUCGCGUGUAACAUAUAUUUGCUAGGAACAUGCACUGGCCAAUGCUGGAGAACUGAGAACUGUAUCUUUGUCUGAAAAAUGUGUUAAUUUGUAUUCUAUACAGGUUUCAAAAUGAACUAUAUGCCAGGUUUUGGAAAGAUUUAUCCUUUAAAUUCAGAGCCAGGGACAUACUCAUUGCAUGACUGUGGCAAAAUAUAUGUUUUCCGCCACGUCAUGCCCACAAAGUGUUGCAGAUGGUGAGCUUUAAAGAAACUAUUUACUGCACAAAGAUGAUGACCAGAUUUUUUUUUUUAAGUCUCUUGAAGCCUUUCUUUGAAUUGUGUUGGGUUUUUUCCAUCCUCCUUUAGUGGGGCUUUUUUGCUACGGCCAUUAAGAUCCUUAAGGAUCUACAUUCCUUCUAGGUACCAUUAACGUGUUUUGAAAUAUUUUUUUUAAUUCUUCAUUUUCAAUCCCAAUUUUAUUUUUACUUGAACAUUAACAUGUAAGAUGAUCUUAGAGUCAUUGUUAUUUGUAUUAUGUAAAGUUUUCAGGGUAUUGGAGACAUUACUUUAUGGUCAUCAUAGCCAUUUGUUUGGGAGAACAGUUGAGAUGGAGUUAUCUGUAUUAAACAUGCAAUUUCACAUUUGGUCUGUGGGGGGAAAAUAUCUUCCUGUAAUCUUGUAUUGAAAAGCAGAACUUAGACCUGUGCAUCACUGAAAAGAAAACGGAACAAACGGAACAUUCUUCCAGGUCUCUAGCAUUUACCAUGCAGCAGUCUGACAGAGUUGCUUAUAACCAGGUGCACAUCUGGUUUUUGGAAAAGGUCUGUGUAUAGCUAGUUCUGGAGGCAGAAGUCACCUAUUCUAUAGCCUGCCUCCUUGCAGCAGCUUUGGAUUCUCUGCAUACAUAGCAUGCUCCCCUUCUGAAGAUAACAGAGAAGUUGUUGCACGAGUUUUCAUGCAGACUAAAAUUUUCAUAUUUUUCAUCUUUCAAACCUGGUGAGGGGGUGGGGGAUGUCAUUUUACAGUGCAUUGUGAAGGCAUAUUAUUUGUGCUUCAUGAUGCAAAAGUAAAAAUUGAUUAGUUAAAAGGUUCAUGCUGCUUUGGUGCUGCACUAAUAAGGUGAACCUAUUUUCAGAAUAUUUUCACAUAGAGAAAAGAAGGGCGCUGUUCAGUGCUGACAGUGCCUGUGGUUGCCAUUGUGUCCAGUUUGUCAACACAUUAGCUGCAAAGCCACACAACAGUAAUUUGCAUUGAAAACCAGAUGCCAGAUAAUGCAUUCUGGGAAGGUGAAAAGGUAGAACAAAAGUCUUGAAAUCUUGUGCUCAAGAUCGUACUUUCAGCUGUUGGUGACCUAUCAAGAUACAUAAGUUUUAUUCUCAUUUUUUUUUUUUUGUUGAUGCGUCAUUUUUAAUUAUUCAUGACAUCAGUUUUGUUUCUUCACAAGUAUGGUCCAUAGACUGGGCUUUUACUUUAACACUACUACUGAUACUAAAAUUAGCGUAGGUGGAUGUGCUGGCAGUGUUCAUGUUCUUUUAUAACUUCUGUUAUUGAUCAUAAGCAGACCUUUUUUUUUUUUUUUGGCACCUGUUCAUCCUGAAAUGAGUGAAACAAACACAACCUCACUUAGUUUUGUUUCGGCAAGCUUUCGCAUUUAUUUAGCACAUGCUUUAUUGUGAUUAUCAGCUUUUGAAGUUUGCUUUUCACUUGUCUUUCAUGCUGAUAGAAAGUGAUAGCAGUGACCAACUUUCGCAAAUCAGUCUGCUUCUACAGCACUCUGCUGCCAGUAUUAGAUCUUAUUUUGUGAUAACUGCAACCUGUAGUCUUAUGGACUUUAGCUUUUUUUGUGUUAGUGUAAAGACCCUAACUGCAAUGCUACACAGUCACACACUCUUGCUUCAUAUGAUUGUUUUCAUAUUUUGUAGUCAAGCAAUAUUGAAUUGCCUAUUGAAGCAGUGAAUACAAUUUCCAGAGACCCUUUGUUCACAAAGAGAGACUGUAAGUUGAUAGCUUCAGCAAUUGUUUUUGAGAUUCAAGAUAUCGCGUUGUGAUGUCUUACAUUUUAGUCUCGGGUUAUAAUGCUGAGAUAAUGUUGUUUUUUUUUUCCAAAGCAAAUGUAGCAUUAAUAAAGCUAAUUAUUCCAAAAACAUUUUCUGGAACAGUAUGUGUGGUUUACUACCUUUUAAACCAAAUUGCCCUGAAAUCAUUUUUUUAAUGCUUGACAAAUAGCAGACACUACUAAAAGUGGACAACUAACAUUUUUGACAAAAGAAAACGCUGUUGGUGUGUGGUUUGGUCAGCCUUCAGAAUUCUUGAAUUGUUGUUUUUUGCAAAUGCCCUGGUUGUUGUUAUCUUUGUAAUGAUUAAACCAGGCAAGGAGUAAGCCGUUGUCAUGAAAUACUGAAAGACUCGAUAGUUGUAUAGAUGAUGCAGCUGUCGGUUCUAAAUGAAUGUUAAACUCUCAAAUGCUUUUUUUUUAAUCAUAUGCUUUUUUCUAGCUUCUUUAGAGAUUUCAGGUUGAUGUUUUUUGUGUACGUUCAUUUAUUGAAUGUAGGGGAAAUGGUUAUGUUAUUUACUAGUGCUUGCUUGUUCAAAUGUUUUAUCAAGUUUAAAUUUUAAACUCAGAAUGGUAAAGCAUGGAUCCUAGCAUCAAUUUUUUGGAUUAUGUUAAUGUGAGCACUGAAGGCUAUUGACAGACAAGUUCAUAAUUCUCCUUGUUAUCAGCUAAUGGGAGAUAUUUAUCUUCUGUUAACACUUUUUCUCUGUGUCAUUAGAAGCUAUGUAAUAUCAUUACAAAUGACAUGGUCUCAGAUGCAGCAGUUGUAACAAGUUGGAUGCAAGCACACUUCUCUAGUCCUAUAUAUGAAUUAUAGAAAAUAUUUUUAAGUUUUCCAAAUAUCUAAUGUUCUUCUUGUAAUCUUUUGCUAAAAAAGGACUAAAGGCUUAUUAAUUUUUAAAUUAUAGGUUCUUGAUCCUAAUUUAUAUGAUUGUCACUCUUUUGUAAGGAUUAUUUUAAUUGUGUAUGGCUACUACACUAAGGGCCAUGCAUUCUUGGAAUUUUUUUUCUUUUUUUAGUGCACAGUAUUUCAUCCUGUCAUUGCUGUGUAUGUUCCAUCAUAGUAUUAACUGAAUGCUAUGAAAGUUUAAACAAUGGAGAGAAAAAAAAACAAAGAGAUCUGGUUUUCGUCACCUUACAUUUCAUGAUUAUAUUAUCAUCAGAGGCAAUUUUUUUAGAUUAUGACCAGAGAAACUGACUUCUCCUUUCUGUUUCUCUUUCUAUAUGGCAGCUGUGCAUGAAUUUUAAAGUCUUAUAAAUAUUAUUUUCACAUAUUCCUAGUGAAAUUAAUAGUUUAUAGACUGAUCUUUACAGUUUAAAAAACUGCUACAGAACAACCUCACAUUUAAAAAAAAUCUUGGAUACAAAAUGCUACAACCAUUGCCUAUCUUCUCGUUGGACACAGAGUUUAUUCUAUAAGAGCAUCCAGUAACAGUUUCAGAUAAUGAUCUGAUAGUGAUUAUUUUUUGCAAACUUUUUGCCAAGACAUUUUUCCCAACCUUUCUUAAAGAGGAUAAUUGAACUUGCACUGAAAGCUAGCCCCCAUUUUCUUUGCAACUUGUUACAAAAAAUUUAUCGCUUAUUUAACCAGAGAGAGCUGGUCUGUGAUAUGCUGGUGUCUGUUGCCUGGUCAUUGCCUUUCAGUUUCAGUUUCUAGAUAAACUAUGCUUUUUACGGCUUUUGUUAUGAGUACAAUAAUGAAGCAUUCCGAAGUGCAGACAGACACAUUUCACUGCUUAAAGAACAUACUUGGGAAUGAGAGCCCUAUCUUUUGGCAAAUUUCUUGUUUUUCUUGCUGUGUACAUAGAUUAUAUAUAUAUUGUAAACAUACAGAUUUUCUUGGAGUGUUGCUGGAGCCGCUGCCCCAUCUAUGCUUUGUGGUGGUAGAGGUUCCUAUUGCAACUGUUUAAUUCUGUGCUUGUUAUUCUGAAAGGGUGCGGCAGCCAUUUUCCAAGUUGCUCUGCUACAGACAGGUCAUGUGUGUGCAAGUUUGUCACAGCAGAUUACAAUUUUUCCUGAAACACCCAAUUGCUUUUUCAACUGCAACUACAAAGGAAAACAGAGUACUAGUGUUGUAUUAACAAAAUCCUGUGGCACAAUUUAAGUACUGACAUGAAGUGCUUGUAGCAGAGAUUUGAUGAAAAUGUGAAGACUGUUGCAUUAAGCAUCAACACUAGAUUUUUAGCUUCUUAGUUCAAGUGUUUAAUGAUUAUUUUUUUUAGCAUUGCUGGAUAUUACUGCUUGCAAAUAAAAAAAGAGUGGUUAUUAAAAUUACAAUAAAG